CUUAAGGUUCCCUUCCUUUGAGACUGGUACUUAGAAGGCAGGCAGAAUGCUCCGAACCAGCCGAGUACUGCUAUCUCGGGUUACCUCCCCUUUGCAAGGUUCAGGAGCCCAGGGGCCAAUUUUACGGUUUGAUGGGGAAGCUUUUCGUCUAAAAAAGACAAGGGAACUAGUUCGGGCCUUGUUGGUGCUUCGGCUCUGUGCUUGGCCUCCUCUGGUCACCUAUGGGUUAACACUUCUGUCUUGGUCCCAGAGGCUCCUGGGCUCCCGGCUAUCUGGGGCACUACUUCGGGCUUCAGUGUAUGGGCAGUUUGUGGCUGGGGAGACAACUGCUGAGGUGCAAGGCUCUGUCCAGAGACUUCAGGGCCUCCGGCUACGGCCACUGCUGGCUGUGCCCACUGAGGAGGAGCCGGGGACAGAUCGGGGAGGAGAAGCCUGGUAUGAGGAAAACCUCAAUGCUAUGUUGCACUGUGUGGAUCUGUCCUGUGGGCCCCCAGGAUCCCCACCACCACAGCCUGCCCUCAUGCAACUCAAAGUGACAGCACUGACCAGUGCCCAACUCUGCAAAGAACUAACACUCCGGCUCAGGGAGCCUGGGACUGCCAGGGAGCUAAGCCCUGAAAGGUUUGCUACCACCAUGGAAAGUGGUAAGGACCUUUCGAUUUCCAGUCUCAGCCCUGAGCAGAACCAGCACCUCAGAGCUUCGCUGAGCCGCUUCCAUCGCAUUGCCCAGUAUGCCCGGAAGCAGGGUGUGAGGCUGCUGGUGGAUGCAGAGUACACCUUUCUGAACCCAGCACUGACCCUGUUCGUGUCUUCCCUGGCUGUCCGUUGGAACUGCCCAGAGGAAGUCGAUAGGGAUGGGGCUCCCUGGGUGUGGAACACCUACCAGGCCUAUCUCAAGGACACUCAUGAGCGGCUGAAUCAGGCAGCAGAGGCAGCAGAGAGAGGAGGUCUGGCCUUUGGGGUGAAGCUGGUUCGUGGGGCAUAUCUGGAGACAGAGCGGGCGCUUGCCCAGCAGAGCGGGACAGCAGAUCCUACCCAGCCCAACUAUGAGGACACAAGCCGAAGUUACAGCCGAUGCCUGGAGCUGAUGUUAGGGCACGUUAGCCGCCGGGGCUCACGAUGUCAGCUCAUGGUAGCGUCCCACAAUGAAGAGUCUGUGCGCCAGGCAGUCAAGCGGAUGUCAGAUUUGGGGAUUCCUCCAGAUGGUGCUGUUUGCUUUGGACAGCUGCUCGGCAUGUGUGACCAUGUCUCCCUUGCCCUGGGGCAGGCUGGUUACUCCAUCUACAAGUCUAUCCCUUAUGGUUCUCUGGAGGAGGUAAUUCCCUACCUGCUUCGUCGGGCCCAGGAGAAUAGAAGUGUGCUUCAAGGGGCGAGGAGAGAGCAGGAGCUGCUGAGCCAGGAGCUUCUUCGGCGUUUGUCCCGCCGUCCUUAAGACGUCACAUGUUCCCGCCUCGUUUCUGGCUUCCCCUCUCCCCACCCUGAUAGCUGACAUUAAAGGUCUUGAAGAA